AUUUCUUUUCACGAUUACUCUGGUUUGGCAGGCUGUUCAUUUAGGAAAAGGCCGUGAAAAAGAAGAACGUGAAGAUGUGAAAAGUCUCAAUGCCACAGCACAAAAGCACCAGCCCAAAAACGAAGGGACUAUUAUAAAUGCUCUCAGUGACAUGAAUCAGAGUUAUGAAAGCAGAAAGCAACAGAAUUCCAGGGAAUUGGUACCUUUCACUGGGAUUACAGAGAGUAAAAAACUGAACAGAAACUGCUGCCAAAACGGAGGGACCUGUAUCCUAGGGGCUUUCUGUGCAUGCCUAAAGCAUUUCACUGGAAGAUAUUGUGAACAUGAUGAGCGCAACUGCGGCAGCGUUGCUCACGGCACCUGGAUGCUGAAGGGCUGUUGGCUGUGUCGGUGCGGCUAUGGCACUCUCAACUGUCUCUCAGAAAUAAUGCACGAUAACUGUGAACUGAAAUCAGAAAAUGAGGAAAUUACCAGACUAUAUUCUAAUGGGUUAAGAUUACAGCAAACAGUGUUUGUACUCACUUGCCUGCUCACCAUCCUCCUGGAGCUCUGCUGCUGGCAGUUGUGA